AUGACAUGUGAGGAAUGCGGUUGGGACAUCAUGUCGAUGAAGCCGAGUACGCUUGGCUCUUUCCCACCCAGAGAACGGCCUGGAUAUCAGAUAAAAUAUUUCUAUCGAAAUUUCAACUGGCUGCCAGUCUCGACGUCGAGCCCUGGCAUCAUCCCCUCCACCUCGACUCCAUCCCCAUUCCCGGCUAUAGCCGCUGCAGCCGGGCUCAUCCCCGAUAAUUCCCUCCUCUUCAUCGGUCUCAUUCUCAUUGGAGUACUAUGCGUGGCUGUAAUCGGAGUAUUAGUUCAUGCUCAUUGUUCAUCCUCACCCUCUCCUCAUCCCCAUCCACAUCCAGAACAUUGGACAACAUCAUGCAGUACAGUCUCGUCAACGGUGUCUGCAAUGUCAUCAGCCUCUCUAUUGCAUCAAGUCUCAGCCGAUAUCCGCCAUGAUAUCAAUGAUAUUCUCGUCCCUUCAGAAGCUGUCGUGUUGGAGACCAUUAUUGGCAAAGGGUAUUUCGGGAAUGUGUAUCGAGGGAGGAUGAGGGAUCCGAUUGGUCGAUUUGUGCCCGUCGCUGUAAAGACAUUGAAAGGUGAUCGUUGCCGUGAUAUGGCCCAUAUCGAGAAAUUCCUCCGCGAGGGCAUCAUCAUGAAACAUUUCGCCCAUCCACACGUUCUAUCGUUGAUUGGUAUCUGCAUCUCUCCAACCGGUUCUCCCUGGGUGCUGCUUCCCUUCAUGGAUCUUGGGGAUUUGAAGAGCCAUAUUGCCGAUCCGAAUAGGCAACUCUGCGUCUUGAAGCUGGUCGAUUUUGCGUAUCAAGUGGCCCAGGGGAUGGCCUAUCUCGCAUCACUUCACUAUGUUCAUCGAGAUAUCGCCGCCAGGAAUUGCAUGAUCUCCUCUGAUGGCCUUGUUCGAGUGGCAGAUUUCGGGCUAGCCGUCGAUCUGUUCGAUAAAGAAUCAUUUUUGGAUGAGACAGAGACAGGCCCUGCUCGUCUUCCAUUGAAAUGGUUGGCAUUGGAGAGUCUCCGGGAUCGAACACAUUUCGAUUCACAGACUGAUGUGUGGUCAUUCGGCAUCUUGGUGUGGGAGCUUCUCACUCGAGCUGCUGCUCCCUAUGGUGAUAUCUCGAAUUCUGAGGUGAAAGCAUUCCUGGAAGCCGGCAAUCGUCUUCCACAGCCAUCCCAUUGCCCUGAUAGCGUAUAUGACGUGAUGUUGAGUUGUUGGCGUACUCGUCCGGAUGAUCGGCCAACAUUUGCCCAUCUUGUUCGAACACUCGCCCAUCUUAUGCAGGAGCACCAGGGUGAAGUGGUACCACGAGGAAUGAUGGGGAGUCGACAAUUGGGAGCAGGAGAUUCUUUCCUCAGACCCGUCCACCCCGCUCGACUAUUCACCAAUUAUUUCCCGAAUCAGGCUGUUCGA